AUGGCUCACCCUCUUGCUGUUCUCGGCAAAGUCAACAGAUUUUCACAGCUCGCCAUCUCGCGCACCCCCCAGUGCCCGUGGCGUGUACGCGGCCUAUCCAACAAGGCCGUCUGCGGCGUCCGGGAGACGCGUCUUUCUUCGCUCUCGCCGCAUCCACCGUUUUGCUCGGCUUCCGUCCUCCCUGGGUUGCAGGCCUGCUUGUCGAAGCAGCCGGCGAUGAGAGCACGCAGUGUCCGCACGCGGGUUCUCAUUUCCGAGACUUCGUGUAAACAGGAAGUCCAUGCCUACCACUCAGCGCAGAGAGCCAGCGGAUGUGCAACCCUCGUCUCAACGCACAGACGAACCCCUGUCGGCAGGGGCUGCGUGCCGCGCUUUGUCCAUACGCGUCGCAUCUGUCAAGAAAACCCCGUGGCGGCAGAGUGCCGCAGGCCUCGCGGGCGUGUCCGGCCGCAGCCGCCGCCGGGAACGCUUUUCGCAGCACCGGCCCCGCCGAUUCCCGGCGGGACCGUUCCUCGCCGCGACACAUGGCGAAACUCUCUUAAAUCUGGGCAUCCUUGCCCGCCAGCAGGUUUGUCUCCCCGCCCAUCUUAUUCGGUCUCAGAAGGCGGGGCGUUCCACCCGCACCAAGGGCGCAUCCCUUUCGGUGCUCCAACGGUUCCACUCUCGCCUGCCACUGUAGGAAAUGCAGGAUCCAGCUCUUGCCAUUCGGAGGAGAGGGUGAGCGGCUGGUCGCGCGGCGACCUUUUUGGGGCUUUAGGGUCUCUUCGGAGCAAGCACUCUUCUCGGUCUUCGUCAAAGAAUCCGCUGGCACUCUCGGCCCCGAAGAACGAGCGGCAGGAGAAGGUUAGCCGAAAACCUGAGCAGCCUGACCGCCGAGAGAAGCGGACCGGUCUCCUCGAUGAGCUCAUGUCAACGUUCGAGUCCUUUCUCGCUCGCGAGACACAAAAAAGGAGUUCUUCCGCUUCUGUUCUGGGCACGCAACGCACAAGCACACGCAGCGACGCCGACCUUGUUCUCUCCAGGUUCCAGGCAGCCAUCCAACCUGGCGGGUGGGAUCUGGGGAUCCCCCUGGUCCCGUUUCUCCUCUUGGGGCCGUUCGUCUCCUUGCUCGUCUAUGCCUUUCUGUGGAAGAGUCUCUGGCGGCCGUUGAAGAGAGAAGAACGCGCUGGCCGGCAUGCUGCGACUCAAGCGGAGGAGAACGGCGUCCGGGGCGCGGCUCCCAAGCCGUUUUCGCUGAGUCUCGUCCCCCUCUCCGUUUCUGAUCUGCUUUCUCACGUUGGACCCUUCCUGGCGAAGCAUGUGGAGAGUCGCGGCGUUUGCGAGAGAGCCUUACGCGAAUUGCAGGGCCCUCCGUUGGCCCGUGAAGCGAAAGGCUCGUCACUUGCAGCGCUUCAGUCGAUGCUGCAGUACCCCUCGAUUGCGGAUCGUCUCUGCUCGACAAAAAUCCGCUCUCCGCCUCUUCACGCUUCUGCCUCUUCGUGCGCUCCUGGCACCCUGGACCCCUCGCCAGUGGAGACCGACAAGGAGACACAGGGGGAGCGGGAGAGAAGCAAACAGGAGACAGAGGGCGAGGAGUCGCGGAAUGAAGGGGACACCGACAAGACGCCUCUCGAAAUUGUUCUCUCGGUUUUUGUCGGCCAGAACCUACCCGAGGGCAUCGUCAAACAGUCAACUGAGUGGCUUAUGGAACUGAGCUCUCUUUGCACCAUUCUUCGCCACACACUUCCAGAGGACAGAGCUGUCCCGUAUGACCAUCUGCUUCUUCUGGUGAAUGCAAAUGCGUCUCUUUGGGGCCACGAACCAAGUUUCGAGGAACUUCGCGCGCGAGUUCUUCUCAAACUUUUGGAGAACAAAGCUAACGCUUUGGCUGUGUACGACCGAGAAAUACCCCAGCUUCAAGCUCGGCUUGUCGAAGGCGACAGCGGCCAUCGAGAAGAACUGGAAAGGCCUUUUGCCGGGAAGACAGCACCUUCGGGCGGAAGCGCGCCUUCAGCAGACUCGGGAGCAGUGACCGCAGAGAAUGACGCGCCUCCAGAGCAUGCACCGAACUCGCUGCCUGUAUCGGAUGCGUCUGAGAUGGAAAAAGAGAACAGGGAAGAGGAAAAGGCCGAACCAAGCCCUCGACUCGUGCUGGACUAUCUCCUGAAUCCCAGCCCAUAUACAACACCAGAUUCAAUCUUUCUUCAGCUCUGGCCUGUGGGGCAGCGGAUCCGAGCGGGCGAGCCGGAGCAUGCGCUCCGCAGGGCUGUCAAGCUCGUCCGCUUCUUUGUUGAGACCCGCGAUGCGCUGGAGAACAGUGCGCACAGCCCUGAGGCCGCUCGAGCGGGAACGAACAGCGUCUCUUUGUCCUCGAAGUCUUCUUUCUGGAACAAACUGACAGGAAGCGAGAGCCAAAGUCCGGAAAGAGACGACGAGGUCCCGGGAAACGCAGGCCGCUCUGUCAAUGCCCAUACACUCGCGGUCAAAGACACCGACUUCCGAGGUGUUCCAACUCUCCCCUUUUCUUCGGUUUCACAUCUUUUCUCUGAUUCCUCGUCACCGUCGCCCCGCCGCUCACCGCCGUGGUGCACGAAGGUUUUCCUGAGAGAGCUGGAAAGCGACUUUUUGUGCGUCCUGUCCGUUGUGUUUCUGGGCGUCUUCAGCCGCAAGGGUGGCGGCGAGAAUCUCUUUGGGGAGAUCGGGAAGAUUGCCCUCACCGGCCUAAGAGCACUUCGAGGCCUUGCAAUCCUGGAGACCGCGUACCACCUGGAGACAAAGUUCAUUCACUCUCCAGCGUACUACGAAGCAACCGAUUCCGAUAUGAUAAAGCAGAGCCUCGGUUUGGCAACGUUCAACGGUCUCCUCGCAGCUGCGGUGUUCCGCACGCACAAAUAUGUUCUCUUACCCUUCUUCCUCCUUCGCCUUCGCGACAUGUUCGCGAUGGAUUUCCGAAUCUGA